CCCGAAACUCGAUCGCCGCGCCGUUGAGAAGAUCGGCAUGGCACUUCCUCAUCUGGCAAAGUUUCCACUAUUCUCAGCCCUAGUAUCGAAUAAAAUUGUGGAUAUUGCCUUGAACAGGAAGUGCCACGUUGAUCAUCACAGCGGCCCGUGGUCCGAGUUUCGUAAGUGUAUGCGGUAGUCUAGUCUAGCAGCACUAAACGAACCCAGAUGUACCGAGUUCGACGUGGACCCUGCCAGCGUUGAGCAAGGACCGUACAGUAACCUGCCUGUGGCACCUGUAGUGAGGGGUGUCGGAGGUAUGGGCUCUUACUGGAGUUGCGCCACGCCAGAAAUGCACCCUGAGCUUGAAAGACCCGAUACCUUUUCAAAUGACGAAUGGAAAGCCCUUUAUGAUGAAGCCAGAGGCUUAUUUCACACAUCCACGACAGAAUUUGACGACUCCAUUCGUCACCAUCUUGUCAAAAACGCUCUCCUACGAGAGCACAAGGGGCGAGAGUUUCUGAAUCUACCCCUGGCCUGCGAGCGAAGCAAAGACAACCCAGACUAUAUCCGAUGGACAGGCCCGGCUAGAAUCUUGGGCGACCUCGCUGAUCCCAAAUACAACAGGGGCAAUUUCGAAUUGAAACCCCACCAUUGUUGCCGCAGGUUGCUGAUAGAUGCAGCAGUAGGGCAGGUUAUUGGAGCCGAACUAGUAAACCUGCGGACUAACGAGGUGGUUUAUGCCCAAGCGAAGAAGUACGUUGUUUGUGCAGGAGCAACUCUAACCGCUGGCAUACUCUUUAACUCGGGAAUCCGAGAAGACACGGGAUAUCCCGCUCUUGGUCGAUACUUAACGGAGCAAACUAUGUCCGUUUGCCAAGUAGUACUAAGAAAUAAUAUAAUCGAAGCCGCCUGGGACGACCCGCGGUGUAAAGAGCACCAUGAAAAGUACCCUGAAGAUGUCUUGCGUAUUCCUUACAAUGACCCCUCUCCUCAGAUCACAACGCCAGUGUCCAAGGAAUUCCCAUGGCACACGCAGAUUCAGCGAGAUCCAUUUCAUCAUAACACCAUCCCAACUGCUAUCGAUCCACGACUUAUCCUUGACAUCCGUUUCUUUGGAUACGUCAAGCCUUAUUACGACAAUUAUGUCGAAUUUAGAUCGGAUAUGGUAGACUUAUUCGGCAUGCCUCAACCCCUUAUACACUACCGGCUUGGAAGAGAAGACGCCGAAAUGGCGCAAGCUAUGAUGAAAGAUAUGGUACGCGUUGCCUCUACGCUAGGCAACUUCUUACCAGGGGGUGAGCCCAGAUUCCUCGCCCCAGGCGCAGCAAUGCAUAUUUGCGGGACAACCCGUGCGGGCAAGAAAGAUGACGGAACCUCAGUGGUAGACAGACACUCCAAAGUGUGGCGACUAGACAACUUGUUUCUAGGAGGUUGUGGCGUGAUCCCGACCCAGAAUGCGUGCAAUCCAACGCUGACUGCCGCUUGCUUCGCUCUCGUGGCUGCGAGAAAGGUAGUCGAUGAGUUGCGUGAGGUCAAAGGUCAAGGUGUAAGAGCUAUGCUAUAGACACAUCAACCUGGUUUAGAUACUUUUUAGUCAAUAGAAACGAA